AUGUUGGGUACAGAAAACGCAGUCAGCGCAUCAAACACAGAAUGUAAUUGCGUAUUUCAGAAGCUACGCCAACUUGAGAAUGAGAUUCGCGAAUAUAAGGAUCUUAAUGAAAACCUUGUGCGUAAAUUAGAUGAAGAAUUAUUCCAUCGAGAGAUAGCACAAGUCGAGAGUAUUCAGAAUAAGGAAGCGCUCUUAGAAAAAGCUAGAGAGUUGCAAGAGCGUGAUCAACAAAUUGAGGCCCAAAACCAAACUAUUGACACCCAAAAUGCCUUGCUAGGGUAUGCUUGGGCUAAUGCCCAGGAGCAGCAAGUGAUGAUCAGAGAUCUCAACCAGGAAAUGGAAGAAAUUAUAUCGCACAAUUCACAUGGAGAUUCAAGCAUGAAUAUGAACAAAAAGCGAAGACUUUCACCAUAG